ACAAUGUUUCUGCGGCAAAAAACGAAACCCUCACCAUUGCAUUGACUUUCAGAAGAAAAGAUCCCUCUGGCUCUCGCCUUUUAGUUCUACCUCUAAUUAUUUACAUCUUGUGUCAGUGCGCCGGUGUAUGUUGCGGAGGAUGAGAAUAGCUUUGCGGACAAGAAAAUCAAGUGUGAACAGCACCACGAAGGCCUAAGUGGCCGGACGGAAAAUCCUGAAAUGGCUACUCCGACGCCGCCCUGCCGGAUAGCCGAGCCAUUCUCGCAGGGCGUUGCGACCUCCAGUGAGGAACUGGCAACUGUGGAGGUGGAUCGGCCCGUGGCCCAUACGUGGAGUGGGUUUCAGAAAUUCAGGAAGAAGUUCUGUAAUGUCUGUAGGAAGAGAAUGGACGAUCGUGUCGGCGCCCGCUGCGUGAUCUGCAAGUACUAUGCUCAUAAACGUUGCCUGCCCGUCAGUCAGCCGAUGUGCAAACGGGCGGCAGACUACAACACAUUCGUGACACCCGACGAGCAUUGCCUAACCCGGCACCAGUGGAUGGGGGGCAAUCUGAAAACGUCAGACAAGUGCUCGGUGUGCGGGUACAUCUGCGGCACGUCUGACUCGCUGACCGGCAUGAGGUGCCUGUGGUGCCUGUGCACGGUUCACAACGCGUGCCACAGCCAGGCGAGCCCGCGCUGCGAGGCGGGCAUUCUCAACCGCCUCGUCCUGCCGUCGUACUCCGUGCACUAUCCCAGGCUGUCACUGGAGCGCGAAGUAGCGAUGACCCCGGUGGCGUCGGAUAUCGACGUCUGUGGCCGUUUCUUGGAUCGGCCAGUGCUACAAACAUCGGAUAUUGACGUCUGUGACCGUUUCUUAGAUCGGCCAGUGCUACAAACAUCCAUCAGUGAUGCGGAGCUGGACGAGCAGAGCAUAGCCGAGGGUCUUCUGAACGAGGGCGAGGAGCUUAUACUUGCAGCUGGUUCUGUCGCGCUCAAAGUCUACGACUCCUGCCUGAACUUCUACAAGAAAAUCAUAGUGGGAGUGGAGGCUGAUUCGAACACCAUGCUACUGGCAGCCCUGCAGGAGUUCAACAUCGCCGAGAGCGAGGUGCAGCGCUUCUGUCUGGCACUGGAGACCGCGCCCGAGUCGUACGAGCCAGUGGAAAAAUGGGCCGGUGAUUUGGCGGCGACCGACAAACUGGUCGUCCGCAGCAAGGCCAGUGAUGAUCUCCUGUCGCAGAUCCGCAUCUACCUGAGCUGUAACAACGAAGACUUGCAGUGGUGCACGGUGGAAGUGUCGGCCAACACGAGCGCGGACGAGGUGGUGUCGCUGGCCAUCAAGGAGUUCCGCCUGAUCAUCCCGUCGUGGCAUCGCAAGAACUACGCGCUGGUCGAAGCUAACAUGUACGACGGGGUUUGCGAGCGGCGCCUGGACGAUGCCGAGCGACCGGCCAAGAUCAUGCGCGACUUUGCGCGCGUGUCGGUGCAGCAGUUACAGAUGGUACGUCUGUAUCUGCGUAACAUAUCCAUGGACUUGCCCAUCACGCUGUACGUGGGCAAGUUGCCGACCAGCUACAGCGAGGACAAGCUGGCAACUGCCCUGAAGCAGGGCCUCAGCCCCCUGGCGGAUAACGUCACCUUCGGCCCGGUCUUCACCAAGCUUGGCUGCGCAUUCCUGUACGUUAUGAAUGCGGAAAGUGCCCAGCAAGUCUGUACCUCGCUACAGACGUCCGUACUCAUCGAGAAGAAGCACCCGAAAGUGUUCCGCGUGCCCACCAUCCAGGAGGAGGUGCUUCCAGACGACUGCAGUCCAUUGCUGGCGUUUGUCAACGAGCGGAGUGGUGGCGGGCAGGGUGCAGAGCUGAUGACACAGCUGAUGCGCAUGCUCAAUCCCUACCAGGUGUUUAACCUGUCCCACGGCGGCCCCAUGCCCGGACUGUUCGCGUUCCGCAAGCUCAAGUCCUUUCGCAUCCUGGUUGCCGGCGGCGACGGGACGGUUGGCUGGGUGCUGAGCCAGAUGGAUGAGAUGCGGGAGAUGUUCGCGUGCCCAAACGCGUCCGUGGCCGUCAUCCCCCUGGGGACUGGCAAUGAUCUGGCUCGCGUGCUGCGUUGGGGCGGCGGCUUUAGCGGUGAGUCGGCCAUGUCGAUUCUCGAAACGAUGGAAGAAAGCCUAGUAGUUCCGCUCGACCGCUGGAAUAUCGAGAUUGAGUCGAAGGCUACGGCGACCGCAGAUACCACCAUCGUCGCCACGGAUGCCAAUGGACUGGCGGACAGUGCGCCAAGCUUCGUGUCGCAAUCAUUCAUCAUGAACAACUACGUGGGAAUCGGCGUCGAGGCGGAGAUAGCGCUCAAGUUUCACUUGGCGCGCGAGGAAAAUCCGGAGAAGUUCAACAGCCGUCUGCACAACAAGGGCGUGUACUUGAAGAUGUCCAUUGGCAAGAUGAUGCAACGAACUGUCAAUAGCGACUCCUCAAAGGAUCUCUCCAAGGCGGUCACACUUGACGUUGACGGCGAGCGAAUCAAGAUUCCGAGCGGUGUCGAGGGCAUCAUCGUGCUCAACAUCAAGUCCUGGAUGGCCGGCUGCGACGGCUGGGGAACGGAGAAGGACGACAAGUUCAAGCCGCCGUCCAUGAACGACGGCCUCCUGGAGAUCAUCGGCGUACAGGGUGUUAUGCAUCUCGGUCAGAUUCAGGGCGGCAUGCGCGGCGGCAUUCGCCUGGCGCAGGGCUCCGACAUUUCGCUUCUCGUGACGUGCUCGACGCCAUUUGAGAUCGAUGGCGAACCGUUCAUGCAAGGGCCAUCAAUGUGUCACAUAACGCAGGGUAAAUCCGUACACAUGAUGCGACGCUACAAGCGGCAGUUGGCCAGUGACAGUCACACGGGCGGUGGCCGCUCUUCCAGCAUCCGCCAUUCUUCACUGCGAUCGUCUGGCCGGCGCAGUCACAAGCAAUAAACGUCAGAUUGGAUUGUCACCGUACACACUCCCGUCCCGUGUGCUGCUCCGACACUGAUCGUAAUCGCCAUAGAUGUUAGUAGUGUUUCAAUUGUGUUGCAUGCGCCGUUGCAGCGUUGGCCAUGGCAUGCAAGCAAGCGCCAGGCAUUUCAUUCCCCUUGCUGUACUGCUGGCCUGCGUGAUCCGCGUGUACAUGAUUUCAAUACCAGUGUGUGUGUGUGUGUGAGUGCGAGCACGGUUCUGUCUCCGCUGGACACACUUCUCCGGUACGAUUCCCACAUUGUGUUUACACACGUGCACAGACACACGCAUCCGUGAAUCCAUGCAUGUCGUCACCACAGCGCCUGUGGCAUAGAGUACGCGUGGUCUGGACCCUAUGUUCGUAGCUUAGCCUGCGCUGCGUAUCUCUCCUCUCGACUGUCUCAGAACCGGUGCGUCUGAGCACCUCAGAACCUUCUCGAAACCUCUCUCUCUCUCGCACACAGUGUUCCAGUAUGUUGCAGUCUGGACAUAACAUCACUUUACCUAUUCAGUAUUAUAUAGUUCAAUAGUAGUAGUUAUAUGUUGCCUUUGUGCUGCAGGUUUUCCUGUUUUGUCCCUUUCCCUGUCUACUUGUUAUGGAUCAGGCUGGUUCAGACCAGUGUUCUGAAUUCUCCACGGAACACACAUUAUAAGUAACGCAUACUGAUCUUACCUUCUCCGCUGCUGCACGCACGCAUCCCCCCCCCCCCCCCCUCUCUCUCUCUUUUAUAGGUAAUAAUUAUUUUGUUUCUAGUGUACAUGAUCAGGUCUUUAACUUUCAUGAGCGACGUGCCCGUAUAAUGAUGUUUAAUAUGCUGUCAUGCCGCUCAUGCCAGGCUUCAUCACACGGAUUUUGUUGGUGAACAUGGCAAUUAUAUGGUCGCUCUCAGGCGCGUG